AGGAGAGGCGGGCGGGGUGGCGCUUGGUGUGGGAGGGAGAAAUGCUGCCCGUUCAGCCCUUCGGGAGACUCCUAGGCAGGGCCAUGAGCCGCCGCCAAGAAGAACUGCGCUCCGCAGGGAAGCGAGUGCUGGUGGCAGGCCUGGGGAACUACGGCCUGCGGGGCACCCGCCACAGCGUGGGGAUGGCGAUCCUCAAUCACCUGGCGCACAAGCUGAGCGUGGGAGACCAGUGGAAGACAGACCGGCGGUGUUGCAGCGACGUGGCCAUUGCCAACCUGGGGGAGGUGGAGGUGGUGCUCAUGAAGCCGCGCAGGCUGAUGAACGUCAACGGUCUCUGUGUGGUUGGCGCCGCGGAGGCGUACAACCUGGGCGCGGAGGAUAUUUACCUGGUUCACGAUGACCUGGACAAGCCCCUGGGGAAGGUUGCGUUGAAGCUGGGAGGCAGCGCAAGAGGUCACAACGGCGUCCGCUCCUGCAUCCACGCCCUGCAGUCUGAUAGCAUGGUCCGAAUCAGGGUCGGCAUCGGUCGCCCGUUGGGAGAAGCCGCCGUCGACCGCUACGUUCUGGGGAGGUUCACCCUCGCCGAGCAAGAGGUCUUACCGCAGGUCUACGAGCAAGCCGUGGUCAUGUUGCUAGACCACAUACAGCAGAGCGAUAACCGCAAGGCAAACCUAGCUACAGGUGGCGAACCAGUCAAGGUCUCCCUCGGGACGGAGGGUGCAUGAUCAAAUCUGUAACCCUUGAAGCACUAUGAAGCUGGUGCCCACAAAAAAUCAGUGUCGUGGGGCUUCUGUUGACGGGGUGGUUGCUUGGAUGGGCCAGGGCGCGCGUGGUGUUAACAGGUCCGAGGCUUACAGGAGAGGAGUGAUCUAAGGUUAAAGGCAGGGCUUGGAGUGGAGAUGGUAGUUAGGAUAGGAAGGGAUCACCAAGGCAACUCUAGGUUUCCCCCCAAGUUUUUUUGAUAUUAGAAAUGAAGGGGGGGGGCGUCGUCUUAAAUUCCGAGUCGCCCUCGAUUCGGGUAAAUACGGUAGUCCAUACGUCUGUGCUCAAUGCUCCCCGUAACGGCGAUUCCUAGGAGUUGUUGACUACAGCUCCCAUCAUCCCCAGCCAAUGGUCUUUGCAGCUGGGGAGGAUGAGAGUUGUGGUCAGCAGCAUCUGGGAAUCCCUGCUCUGUGAUCUCAGCAAGCAACCAGAUCAUCUACUAUCAGGCACCACGUUUGGAGAAUCGCAACUUUCAUCUGAAACACAACCACUCCUUAAGACUGCCGGGCUUGAAAAUGUGUGUGGCAGCGCCAGCUUGUAACCUCUGAGCCCAGAUGGCACGGGGGCUUCUUUGCUGUGUCUUGUUUCUUGAGCCUUCAGGACAGUGGGAUAAUGUAUACCACAUAAUAGAUAUACCCCUGCUGCUUUUGUGUCUGCAAAUAUGCUUUUGCUUUCACGGUUUAUUCCGAGCAAAUAAAUUUGGGUUUUUUUUCUUCCCCAUGGCA